AUGCUCGCCCCUUUACUGUUUCUGCUCCUGUCGGCCCCCCCUGGGUCCCCACAUCUGACCGGCGCGAGGUCAGAGGGUCAUAUCGCCGACAGCCUCUACCGCCCGCCUCCGGGAUUCUACGCCGCUCCGAGCUGCGACGUGUCACCCGGAAACAAGACGGUGAAUCGAUUCCAGCUGUACCCGGAAAACGCCGAGUUUGACCCAAAGCGGUGUCUCGUAUAUUUUAGCGUGCUGUGGAACGCUUCCGUCGCUGUCUGGGACCCGGUCAAGAACGAGGUGGUCGGCAGCAUAACCGAUGACAGAUUCUCAGGCCGGCCGGAGCUACAUGCCAGCGGCGUGCAGCUGGAUGCCCCCCGCGACCAGCUGUCCAUCAUGUUCAACGCCGGCAACGCCUUUAACACGCUCGGGCGAAACAUAGCGGGCGAGAACAACCUCGUCCGCUACGAUUUGAAAACCAAGCGGGUGCUCUGGGCAAUCGACCUGUCCAGGGUCACGAGCGGCGCAUACGGGGGGUUUCAAGACAUAGAGCACGACGGAUACGGCAACACGUUUGUAUGCGGCACGUUUCCGCCCAGUCUCAUGCACGUCAACAUCACGACGCAGGCUGCCACGCCGUGGUGGCUGGGGCCGAGCGACUCGCAGGUGGUCGGCAUCAACGGGAUAGCCAUGUAUCAGAACCGCAAGCUCCUCGGGGCAUACCAAACAGGAGUAGAUGGAAGCCAGUUGGUCUGGUUCGACAUCCACACGCCAGGAAGUCCCAACGCCAUUCCGGUGAAGCAGGGCGGCAGGGUUUCCAACGUCGGCGAAAGCCUCGACGCCGCGGUUCUGCCUGCCAUGUACGGGGGCAAGAUCCUUCUCGUGUCGGACGCCUUCGUCGGCACCGUCAUCCUCCACUCAAACGACCACUGGGCGACGGCCGAGAAGCUCGGGGCUGUUCCGAACGGAAUGGCUGCCGAGGGAAUACGCGUCGUGACGGCCGUGCAAGUCGGACAGCGCAUCUUGUGCGUCUUCGAGUUCUUCGGCGACGCGAAUGUCAAGGUCCCGGGACAGCCUGCUGGAGCUGGAAACCGGUCCGAGUUUCCCCUCCAAGACAUCACCGACGACAUCGACCGGCUGCUUCCAUCGGACUUGCGCGGAAGGCAAUGA